AUGUUUGACCACUUUGCAUUAGGAACCCAGAUCCGCUCAGGUGCGAACGGUUCUAGCGAGGAGCCAUCUCUCUCUCCUAAACAACGCUCACGAGAAUUACCGAACCCGACUAAAGGACUCUUGUCCCCCCCGGCAUCAUCUCCGGCUCUUCUUGAUACACUACCACUUCCACCACAACCCGUGGACAACCUUGCCCGCGAGCUCAGCAAACAGACUCUGAUUCCAGAAUUUCGACAACGAAAUCCGCUGGUGACGUCGGCGAUAGACUCCUCGUCACUGGUCACCGAUUUAUCGAUGGCCGAUCUAGAGGUGGACGACGAUUGCGAUAUGAACUUUGCUACAGACGAUAUCAAGGAGCACCAGCCAGUGGCCGAUUGGAAGCGAGCUCGGCGUCAGCGUUACAGCCGCUUUGUCAACAAUCCAACCAAUGCCCGCGCCAUAGAGGCACGUAUCAAGGACAUGGUCUCGGGAGAGUUGCAGUGCAACGUUCGUCCAUCUGCAGCAAUGUCUUCUUUGCCAGCAGCUGUUCCUGUAUAUCCUCAUCUUCCCAACAUUGAUGCCGACGGCUAUCCCGAGAUCGAUCCAGCCUUGACACAACCCGAAGUGGACGAGGGCUUUUGCGAUCAAGACGAGGAAUAUGCUCUCAUGCAGAAAGCAUUAGCUGCCGACAGAGAAAGGCUGUUAGGAAAGUCGGGGGGCAUGCGGAAUUACGGAUCUUUACGAUUCAGAGGAUCGGCAGAGACGGCGCUCCGUUGCCAGAACGUUGUCAGACAACGACCAAGGAUGCGACGAAGAAAAGGACCGGGACCAACCAUCGAUCCUCGACCAAGCUGA